UACUGGGACUAUUACCUAGGAAGGAGGCGUGCUCAAAUACCUUGGGACCUCAAAUUUCACAUUUGGUCAGCCUGCCUUCUUCUGAGGGAGCACAUUCCCAUGCCUCUGCUCUCAGUGAAGAACCCAGGGUGCUGAUCAGAAAAGUGACAGGGCAGUCAUGAAUGCUCUUAUGGCUGUUACUUUUUCCCUUUUGGUUGCUCUGGAACCUGUGAACUGCCAGACAGUUCGGGGAACACUUCAACCAUGGUUGCAGGGUCUCAUUGCACUGAUGGUGUUCUUGGCAUUGACAGGGAUUGCCUUUAUUGUCCAUAAAUUCUGGUGCCAGGAUAAAGAGACAGAUCCAGAGGUCUUCAAGAGGGGAAACAAGGGAGACAUGGCCAUUCCCAAUGGUACAGAAGGAAAUUAUUCUACAACUGCUGCAAAUUUCAGAUGUGAAGAAGGCCGCCAUGUCUAUAAAAACACUAUUGAAAAUGACUGUGGCAACACUAUUGAAGUUCUUUCUACUGAAAUGUAGCAUCACCCCUGGGCAUCACUCCUUGAUUUUGAAAAAAAGAAGAUAUCCUCCAUGCUACAAACUCCAUAGUCCAUACAUGAUGAUGCCAACACUUAC